GAAUUAACCUAGUCACCUCCUGGAGGGGUGUUUCCCUUCACCAUCCUUAUCUCUUACAGUUCGGCAGUCGAGACAAACAGUCAGUUGUUCAGCCAUUAUCUGCUGCUCACACAAACCCCAGGACUCUGUUUGGCAUUUGACAUCAAGAAAACUCAAACAAGUGAGAAAAAACAUAUUUCAAGACAGUUUCUUUGAACAGGAGAGAAAAAGCAUCUGAAGGACUGAGAGAAGAAGCACAAAACUGACAGCUGACCAAGACUCUGAAAGCAACUGCCAUGGGAAAUGCCACCAGCAGCGCGAUAUCGAAGGAGAUCCUGGAGGAUCUCAAGCUCACCACCAAAUUCACUGAGAUGGAAAUCUGCCAGUGGUAUGAGAACUUUCAGAAGCAGUGUCCCACGGGGCGCAUCACGCCGGAGGAGUUUGAGGAGAUCUACACCCGGUUCUUCCCCGAAACCGAUGCCAAGUGCUACGCACGGCAUGUGUUCCGUUCCUUCGACACCAACGACGACGGCACAUUAGACUUCAAGGAGUAUAUCAUUGCCCUGCACAUGACCUCCAGCGGGAAGACCACCAGGAAACUUGAGUGGGCCUUCUCUUUGUUCGACGUGGACAAAAAUGGGUACAUAAACAAGUCGGAGGUGAAGGAAAUCUGCCAGGCCAUCUUUAAGCUGAUUCCCGAGGACGAGCAGAAGAAGCUACCAGAGGAUGAGAACACACCCGAGAAGAGAGCCAACAAGCUGUGGGCUUACUUUGACAAGAAAGACAAUGAGCGACUGGCUGAAGGAGAGUUUAUCAAGGGAGUGAUUGAAAACGAGAAUGCAAUGCGUCUCAUUCAGUACGAACCCCCUAAACAAUGAAGUCCUUCCGACUUUUCCCUCUCUUCCUGUCUUUCACUCCUGAAGCUCCUGUACGUUUUCUCCUCCUCACAUCAGAUGCCGUCGUUCACUUCACUCGUCCAUCUGUGUAAAUACUAAUUUCUGCUCCGUUGUAACUUUAAAGAAAGUUUUUGAUUUUUUGUUGUUUUACUGUUUGUGAAUAAAUGUCAAUAUAACAGAACCUAGUAGAAGCAAAUUAUGGAAUAGUUCUUACAGUCCCCCAAAAACAUCAUAACUACAUAUAAACUAAUGCACUUAAAAUAGCAGUAUGCAUCGGUUAUAUUGUACUACUGGUGAAUUUUAAAAGUAUUUAAAAAAAAUUCUUUCUGCAGAACAACAUGUUAGGAAUACAAAAUCUAAUUGUUAGUAGUUUUUUUUACAGACUUGAAAUAUCUUGAUUGAGAUUUUAGCUGUUAAGUGUUGUACUUUAUUCACUGAACAAUAAAUUAAAGGUUUUCUCAUACA